AUGGCGUUGGGGGGACCGGUCGCGGCCUCCUUGAGUAACCAGGGCAUCACCUGGAAGUUCAUGCCUCCUUCAGCUCCGCAUUUCGGCGGACUGUGGGAGGCAGGAGUGCGGUCCGUCAAACACCACUUGCGACGGGUAAUAGGAGAGCAGGCACUGACCUAUGAGGAGUUCGCCACUCUUCUAGCUCGCAUUGAGGCCUGUCUCAACUCCAGGCCAUUGUGUCCGUUGACGGACGACCCACAGGACUUGGAGGCCCUGACACCUGGGCACUUCCUGAUUGGGCGCCCGCUGUUGUGUCCGCCUGAGCGAUCCCUCGGGGACGUUCAGGUCGCGAGGAUGAGUCGCUGGCAGCUGCUCCAGCAUAUGACGGAGCAUCUUUGGGAGCGAUGGUCUAGAGAAUAUCUAGCCCAGCUCCAGGUCCGGGCAAUGGACCAUAUUAAAAAGCUGAGCAGAGAAAUAACGAUAAUAAAAUAUGAUGUCAGACAUGCACUGGGCCUAUUGGAUAUUUUAGUAAGAAAUAGUAAAGAGGAGAAGAAAACACAAAACCCGCAAUGUUCCAUGGAAGAAGUGGAAAAAUUAUUUCCUUUGAAAACAAAAAUGCAAUUAAUGGACAUUGAAGAAAUUUUAAAAGAAAACGCCACAGACGCUGAAGCAAUAAAGCUCCAUUUAGAACGUCUACUGGAGAUGCAGUGGAACGUUUCAGAAGCGGACAUUUAG